GGUGGAGGACCGCGUUGACCUACUAUCUGGGCCUUAGUGAUUGUCAAAGUUUUUGGAAUAUUUAAGCCAAUCGUGGAUGAUGUGAAAGGAUGGUGUUCAAGAUGAGGAGGGAACAAAAAUGAAACCAUAUUACAAUGCAAAGUUUUGAAGUUCAGAUGAAUAGUUGGGUUUUAUUUUCUAAGGAUUGACGGUAGCCCUUGACAGUGUCACAAGAUGCUGACCACCUCUCCAACUCUUCCUUCCCUUCCCUCUUGUAGGACUGUUCAUCCAACUCUUCAUGUUGCAUUGUGGUUUCACGUCUGAUCCCUCCUCGUCUUGGAGACAGUCCUUUUGCAUCACCCACCAUUAGUCUAGUGAAUAUUCCAAACCAAAAAUUAUGACUCGGGGUUUGAUAAAUGUAGUAACAGACGUGGAUGGAAUCCCUCCAGCCAGAGAUACUCCAGUGUUAUCCAGCCAUCCAGCUUCUCCAAAUCCACACCAUGGGGGGGCAGCAGAGAUCAAGAAAAACCAUCUUUCAGUUCGGAUUCUGGAGCUUCAACUAGCAGGAACAGGGGAUUUGGACUAUCCCAGAAUCCAUUUGCUUCACCCAGCUCUGAUGAGCAGAAAGAUGAAAAGAAACUUCUGUUUUACAGACAUUUCACCAGAGGAAUUGAGGCUUGAAUACCAUAACUACUUAACCAGCAAUAACUUACAGAGUUAUCUAAAUUCCCUCCAACAGUUAAUAAAUCAGUGGAGAAACAGAGUAAAUGAACUGAAAAAUCUAAAUACAUCGGCUAACAUAGCUUCGCUCUCAGAUGUAAAGUGUGGAGUAAAUCAAGCAGCAGCUACAUUUGGAUUUGGCAGUAUGCAAGGAAUAACAUUUGGGCCACCAGGUUUUCCAGUGCAUAACAGCAGCAGUGCUAAUGCUCAGAAUUUUAGUUUUAAACCAAGCUCUGGAUUUGCCUCUGCCGCUUCUGGAAGUCCUUCUGUGUUUGGGAAUACUCCAGCGUUUGGAGCCGCACCCCCUGCCAGUUCUGCCAUCACUACUUCCACUCCAACAUUUGGAUUUGGGAAACCUGCAAUCACAUCUGCUGCUUCAUUUUCUUUUAAAAGUCCUGCAGCUUCCAGUUUUGGAUCACCUGGAUUUUCAGGAUUUCCAGCUCCCAUGGCAGCAGGCUCUGUUGGAGCCCCAGCCUUUGGAAGUGGCACUUCUGUGGCUGGUUUUGGUAAUCUAGGCUCACAUUCUCACAGUGCUUUUUCCAAGUCAUCCAGUGACACCUUUGGAAAUAGCAGCAUAUCCACCUCUUUACCAGUCUCAAAUGGCAGCAUCACAACAGAUAAUGUGUUAUUCACACCCAAGGAUCAACUAACAGCAGAAGAACUGGAGCAGUUUCAAUCCAAGAAAUUUACUCUGGGAAAAAUUCCAUUAAAGCCACCACCUGUGGAACUUCUAAAUAUUUGAAAGGACAAUUUUAAAUACAGAAAAGAACAGCUCUUAAAGUUGUUUUGAGUGGUUCAUAUAUAAUUUCUCUGAGUGGUUCAAAUAUAUACGUAUAUAUGUACAUAUAUACGUUUAAGGAAUAUAAGCUUUCAAUAGUAACUUCAGGGGUUUUGAAAUUCAAUAUUUUUUUCAUAAAAAGUACUCAAGAGGUUUUUUUUUUUUUUACUUUAAUUAUGAAUGGAACUGGAAAAACUGUCAGUGUGCACUGAAUAAAGUGCUUUUCUCAUUCUACAUCA